AAAGCAUCAAUAAAUAGAGCUGAAAUGCAACCCCCAUUGCUCACAAACCCCAAGAAUUUCACCAAAAGGGAGUGCUUACUCUGAGCUAAAGAAAGAGUACUCUGAAGUCUGAAGUAGUCUUACUUCUUCCAAGCAAUCUGAAGUCUGAACCUUAGAAUGGAUCAGAAGGAUUAGCUGCAGAUGAAGGAGAAUACAUUCCAGGAAGGAACAGCCAUGGCGUCGUCCUCCUCAUCAUCGUCCUUUCUCGCUCAUCCAUCGUCGCUGCUGCGUCAGGUCGUCCAUGGCUUCGCCGGCUACCUCGCCGGCCUCUGCCGUUCUCUCCAGAAUCUGAAACCAUCUGCAGCUCCGAAACAAGACGCUGACGACGAAUUUGCCGUCAAUAACACUGCUGCGUCAAGCUCCGAAGAAGUUGAGAAUGUUCAGAUGAGAACAAGAGCAAUGCCGCGUUCUGAAAGGCCGGUUUUAAGAGAAGGGAACGGGGGAAAAGGCGGAGCACACCACAACGCUGGCCUUUAGCUUCAAUCGAUGCAAAGCUUUGAUCGAUCGAUCGACGCGAUCAUUAUGUACAAUAAUAAGUUCGGGUAAUCCAUGCAUGGAUUACUGUUCUUCGAACCGAGCAGUGGCUUUGAUGAUUUGUUACCCUGACUGUACGAGGAAAAUAUCAAGUGGAAAUAAAAUUUGCACUCACAGAUUUAACCAUGAGUAAAAACUUAGUAAAAGUUUUACUGUGGAUAAAUCUCAAACAUAUUCCUUAUCC